CUCAAAGAACGAUCGUCCGUCAACGAAAAAUUUUGGUGAAAGGAAGGAAGUAGAUUGGUCAUGUGAUGGACCCGACUGGCUUAUAGCUGCGCGUGAGCUCGAAGUGUUCAUCUUCAUCCUUUCCCUUUUACUUUCAUCGAGACGCUGCAUAUCGCGCCCACAGAACUUGGCUUCGAACUCCAAGUGAUUUGCUGCUUAGCCGUCUCCGGUAUCUCGCACGCACCCUACGUAUAUCAGCCCCUUCACCUUCCCUUCCAAAUCAAGAUGGCGCGGCACCCCGUUGUUAUACCCCGCUUCCGCCCACUAUGGCGAUGCUUCAUCAACGAUCUACCAAACGAGGUCCUUGAAAUGAUUCUUGUAUCCUCCGUCCCCAUGUUUCUCUCUGCACCUACGCCCGGGAGCGUCAAAGAAACCGUCAAGUAUAUGAAGCGCGCGGGCGUGCGCGACUAUCCAAGCCUCCUCGCCCUCGUCUGCCGCCACUGGCGCCCUGUCGCCCGCACUAGCCAGGCCCUUUACGCCUUCCUCUUCGUCGACGUCGAAGACGCGUACGACUUCAAGCAGACCGACGAGUACUACACGGCGUUCCUAGCGCGCUCCGGCUCUCGCCCUCUGACGCUCUCCGUCAACGGCAUGCAAGACACGACUAUCGACCUGCUCGCUGCGGCGCCCUUCCGGGACCACCUCCCCCGGCUACGCUGGACGUGCAUCGACCUGUACGCCUCGGAGCUGCUGGGCAACUACGAUGAUCCGACCGGCUUCGACGUCUUCCCCUUGUUCCCCGGCGUGCAAACUCCUCUCCUCGAGACCGUACACGUCGACGUCGGCCAAGACGGGAGCCUGGCCACCGACGACGGCGCAACGGAGUACUUCCACAACUACUACUAUGCCAAGGCCUCUCGGCAAGAUGAGAGGAUCCUACGCUGCGCCCCGCGCCUGCGCUCGUUCUCCAUGUAUCGGUACGAUCCCAAAGGGCUGCCGCCUAUGCUGCUGCAGAACGUGGGGCUGGACUACCAGACACUGACGUGCUUGCGGCUGCCUUACGUGGCUUUGGGCGCCGCGGAGUGGCUGAAGGUGCUCGCUGAGCUGCCCGUGCUUCGCGUGUUCCAUGGCAGUCUUCCGAGGGACGAGUCUGACGACGAGAGCGGUUCUUCUGACGAGAGCGAGCAGUCGGAUGGGGAAGAGGAGCAGUUGCCUGAGGGCGACGACGCUGGUGGCGGAGGAGAAAAGGUCGAGGAAAGUGGCGGCGAGGACGAGACUUCAGAGGCCGACGCCGACAAGGAUGCUGCAGACGGCGAAGGCGGCGAGUCCAACAGCGACGUUGGAGCGCACGACGAAGACGACCGGCCACCUGCCGCGCCCCAAGCUGCAGUACGCGCGGAGCCACCUAAGGCAAGCCAGCUUACGCUCUCUCACCUGUCCGACCUCCAUCUCGUCACCGAAUAUGAAUCCGAUGCUGCUCAGCUCAUCGCAGGGUUGACCCUUCCGUCUCUCAGCGCUUUUGGCCUGGCUACCGACACCGCUAUCAGCCCGCUAGACGCGUCCACGAAGAACAUUCGCGUAUACCUGCUUGCCGGUCUGAAAGCUCUCAUCCGACGCUCCGGAUGUGAGGUGCACGAUCUCACGCUCGACACGCCACGCACGGGGCUCGCGAGCGUGAUCGCUUUCCUGAGGCUCGUUCCAGAGCUGCGAUCUCUGCACCUGAACGCGAGCAUGGUAGCCAUCCAGGAGAACCUGCUCGACCGGUUGGCGGAUCGGGCAGAGGGAGGCGAGCUGAACCUUGUGCCCAAGGUCGCCCAUCUGGUCAUCGACAACCGCGAGCCUGACUUGUUCCAUCCGGAAGGGUCUGUUCCACUCGCUUCUGUUCUUGGGCUCAUCGACAAGCGAUGGCCCAUGGGCUGGACGACGUGGGAGAUUGCGAGCUUGCGGGUGGUUGUGAGCGAGGAUGUGAAGAAUUUUGCGGACGAUUGCGCGGAGGACGGAAAAGUGUUGGCGCCCUCAAUCAAGAAGAGCAGGAAGAAGCUGCGCGCUAUAAGAGCUCGCGGCGAUAUCGACUUGGUGAUAGAGUCUCGAGGGGAGUAGAACAAGACUUGCCGCACCCUUGAAGCCUCAUCUGUAUAAUUUAGUCACAAUGUUCAAGUCAGAAUCAUGUAUCACUCGAGUCAAAUACUGAGCAUAUCAGCGCAUGUAUAUCACUG